AUGAUGUCUUUAUGCAAACUGACGCGUGACGAUGCUAAAAUUGUCUACAGUGCUACAAUCGUUUUGAAUGAAGAUCAACACAUUCAAUAUGAGGCUGGGGAUAGUAUCGGGUUACUUUGCCCGAAUUCCGAUACCGAUGUCAAAUGGCUGAUCAGUCGCAUCGACUUUGGGGUGGUUGAGCACGCAGACAAACCUUUUUGUGUUCUAAGUGUACUCGAGAACAAGAAGAAGAAAGCUCCCCCAUCUUGGCUUUUGCCAGACACGCUAGUAACUGCUCGCUUUCUGCUCACCUACUGCUGUGAACUUCAUAUUCCGGUCACCCGCCGAAUCACACGGAUUUUGGCUGAUUGCUGUACCGAGAUGGACCCAAAUGUAACGGAUCCAAACUUCCCCAAACCGGAGAAACAAUCAAAGAGGUUGUUAGAAUUGUCUAGUCGUGAAGGUUCUGCACUGUUCGACAAGUACAUCCGUGAACCAAACGUGACACUCAUGGAUUUGCUGGCAUCAUUCCCCGCCUGUCGUAUUCCACUGGUGCAAUUGCUCGAUAUUCUUCCGCGUCUGCAACCUCGAGCGUACACCAUAACAAAUCCGCCAGAACGUCAGCGUUCGUCCGCGCAGUCGCUUUCCAUUGUGUUCACGCGAGUGGAUUUUACUGGACCAACAGGGGAGGAACCUGUCGGAUUGUGUCGAUAUCCAUAUCGCACGCAUGGUGUUUGCUCGGGCUGGUUGGAACGGGUAUGGAAUUGUAGGUCACCCGGUUCUGAUUCAGUUUCGCUACCCGGGAUUUACGGACGAAUUAAUCUGAAUGGUUUUCGGCUCCCCGUGGACAGAACAGUGCCGAUAAUCAUGUUGGGCGCAGGUACCGGUAUCGCGCCGUUCGUGUGUUUUAUCGAGGAAGAGCGCCGUCAAAGAUUGAAGAAUUCCUCCACCAAGCGAGAAAUGUGGUUGAUCUACGGAUGUCGUUCACCGCUCACCAGUUUACUCUUUCCCGACCAGCUGGCAAAGGCUCUUUCGGACGGUGUCCUGUCUCGAUUGUGUUUGUGUUUCUCCCGUUACACAACCCCCUGUGAUGGUCCGACAAUUCCAACUUGUACAGAGGCGUUUGAUACGCUGAAUACACACAGUUGUUUCCAUCCCAAGGCGCGUUACGUACAGAAUUGUUUGCUUUCCUCGGGGACGCACGAAAACGAACUGGCUCAAUGGAUUCUGUCCCGGAAUGCCACAAUUAUGGUGUGCGGAGAGGCCAGAGCGAUGGCUCCGGCCAUCCGCGCGGCUUGGAGCGAACUGUUGGGUUCAGCGCUUGUUCGUGACACAAGUGACCCCGCGACGGAGACUGAGGAGUUACAGGGUCAAAUUUACAUCAAACGCAUGUGUGAUGAACGUCGUUAUUUGGAAGAUAUCUGGACAUGA